AUGCCUGCUGGCACCAAGAACGCCUUCGCACUUCUCGGCAACUCUGACUCCGAAGAGGAGGAGAAGGAGCAGCAGCCAGAGGUUGAAGAGACCUACGAAGCAGCGCCUGCUGUGGAGUUUGAGCCGGAGCCAAAGAAGAAAGGCAAAAAGAAGGGGAAGGCUGAGGCAGCCCCGGCCCCUGCGGCCCCUGCGCCGGUGGAGGCCCCGGCCCCAGUGACCUCCAAGCCGUCCUCGAAAGCUGCAGCGCAGCCGGCGAAGAAGGAACCUGAAAAGGUGGAGAAGAAGGAGAAAGGCGACAAGAAGGCGAAGCCGGCCGUUGCCGCGAAGAACAAAUUUUCUGCGCUGAUGGGCGACAGCGACGAGGAGAGCGACGAUGAGUAG